AUGGGCAGCGACAGCUCACCCGCACCAGCUGUCGCAGCUGACAGCUCAGUCAAGCAUGUGACAACCGCACUAUCACCACCCGCACCGGUAGAUAUCGGCGAUGCGCCCGACCCAGACGAGGACGAUCUGGAUGAUUUAGAUGACUUGCUUGACGAGUUCUCGACCGAGAAAUCCGAUUCCAAGAAAUCUGCUGCCAUAUCGGGACCAGCAGCAACAUCAGCGACGGCUGGCAGUAGCACGACACCUACGGCGGCUUCCACAUCAGCACCACCCCCAUCUAUGACAGACAUACCAGACAUCCUAGACGAUGAUAUUUCGGAAGAUGAAUUUCAAAAGCAGUUGCAGGCCGGCAUGGCAGAGCUUAUGGGAGAUCUGGACAAGAACGUAAGUCGGCGUGCCCGCACAAUGCUAGACAGACUGCUGUCGCAAUAUGUACCUAAUGCGACACAGCCGGAAAUGCAGUCACAGUUCGAGAGCAUUUUCAAAGAACUAGGCGUCGCCGCCGCCAUCGGCGCAGAGCCCGAAGCAACGUCAUCCUCGUCGACCUCGAAACCUGCGCCAAAAGCGAAGAACCCCGAGCAAGUAGCCGCGGAUCUGAGCGCCGAUGCCUCGUUCCAAGACACGAUCCGGCGCACUAUGGCGCGCAUGCAGGCGUCUGGCGAACAAGCGACAGCAGCGGCGGCUGCGGAGGGAUCCGAGGACGACUUCAUUUCCGAGAUGAUGAAAGCGAUGAAGGACUUGCCUGGUGAGGGCGGGUCGGAAGAGGACUUCACCAAAAUGCUGAUGGGUAUGAUGGAACAGCUCACCAAUAAGGAGAUCCUGUACGAGCCGAUGAAAGAGCUUAACGACAAGUUCCCGGAUUGGAUGCAAAAGAACAAGGGCACGCUGAAGGAAGAGGAUAAGAAGAGGUAUGAAGACCAGCAGAAGCUGGUCAAGGAGAUGGUUGCCAAGUUCGAAGAGCCGACGUAUAAGGACUCCAACGCAGCGGAUCGAGAAUACAUCGUAGAUCGUAUGCAAAAGAUGCAAGAAGCAGGCUCGCCACCAACCGAUUUGAUAGGUAAUAUGCCGUCAGCGAAAGACGUGCUUGGGGAUGGGCCAGACGAGGGAUGCCCAACGCAAUGA